UGAACUGUGAAAAGAGUGAUCAUGGAUGCGAAUGCCGACGAGUACGAGCACGAUGUGCCCGACGUGAUGUACGUGGCGUGCAACAUUCCAGGUCCCGGCAUCGAUCUGGACGAAUUCGAGUCGGAGUACAGCGUAGGCUGUUCAUGCACGGCUCGGUGCGACUCUGAUCGUUGCUCGUGUACGCGCGCCACUCCAAAUUAUAUCGAUGGACUGAUAGUAGACAAGGAGAAACCUUCAGGGCCUAUAAUGGAGUGUAACUCUCGUUGCACCUGUGACAGCGGUUGCGGUAAUAGAGUGAUACAAAACGGUCCGUUGAACUGUCUAGUUGUGCGAGAAGUCGGUGGUAAAGGGCUCGGUUUGUUCACUAGUAAAUCAAUCAGAAAGAGUCGAUUCAUUUGCGAGUACGCUGGCGAGGUGAUAGGCUUGAGGGAAGCCAGGCGUAGAGUAGAGGCGAAUAAGAACAGCACGAAUUACGUGUUGGUGGUUACCGAGCAUGUCGGGGAUCGAGCGUUAGUCACGUGCAUAGAUCCGAAACAGUUUGGUAAUAUCGGUCGCUACGCGAAUCACAGCUGCGAGCCGAAUGCUAAUCUCGUACCGAUCAGGGUCGAGGGCUCGGUACCUCGAUUAUGUUUGUUCGCAUCCAGAGAUAUAGGAAUCGGGGAAGAAAUAACUUUUAACUACGCUGGCGGAGUUAAUUCCGUCCAUAAUCCGAGUGUUACACGUUGUCUUUGUGGUUCCAAUAACUGUUCCGGUUAUUUGCCUCAUAAUUCUAUUUAAAAGCUGUUCAGCCCUCUUUUAAUAGAAAUUGCUCGAGGGCCUUAAGUGUAUGAUAUUAACGGAAUAACUAACUGAUUAUAGCUAAAUUGUACAUACGACACAUAAUGUGGGAUGGGUUUCUUUUUAUUCAUUAGUUUCAUUAAUUUGUGUUUUAACUAGAAAUUUACGGUGCCAAUUGUAUAGAAAUAUAUUUUUUUUUUUUUUGCCUUGGGACGGAGUGUCGAGCUUUCCUGUUCAUGUGUUCGUUUAUGUCGACAUUAGGAUAAACGAUUGAUACUUUUAUGAUCAUAGCCGUUAUGAUGCCGACAGUGAACUAACAAAAGUAACGGAAAAACAAUUAUUAUUAUUAUUAUUACAACUAAUGUUAAUAAAGACGUAAAAGAAGCAUUUAUAUACAUCACGGUGGAAACGACUUGAAAUAAAAGCAGGGUAAACUAUUGAAUAUUUGACAUGAAAACAAUAAAAAGUACUCUGUAAUAAUUAAUACAUGGCUCAUCAACAAUGAUACAAUAUUAUUUAACAUUAAACGUUGUAUACGUAUCAAACAAUUUUUAUAGUUAUUAACGAUGUCUUAUACGUGUGUUGUAUACGUACACCAAGUAUAUUGUAUACACAUGUAUAAAAUUAAAUAAUAAUAAUAUCAGCAAUUUUUAAACGUCCACUCGACGAUGUAAA